CCUCUGCACUUGACGUCAACAAACACAAGAUGUUUUGAGGUUAGUUUUGAAACUGACAUUCGAUUUGUUAUCACACGUCAAUUGUUGCCGUUUGUACAAGAGUAGAAAAAAAUUGUCAAAGUUAUGGCGGCGGCAACUGCUGAACAACCUGGAAAAGGAGCCUGGGAGCUUUCCGUUUAUGAAGCCCAGCGUCAACCGCAUUGCGCCGUCGACGAUGACACUGAGAUAGGCGUCAGUCCGCGAAGCCUUCACAGCGAGCUCAUGUGUCCUAUUUGUUUGGAUUUGCUGAAAAAAACAAUGACUACCAAAGAGUGCCUCCACCGAUUCUGCUCUGAUUGCAUCAUAACUGCUCUCAGCAAGGGUAACAAGGAAUGUCCUACAUGCAGAAAAAAACUCAUUUCUAAAAGAUCUCUGAGGCCAGAUCCAAACUUUGAUAUGCUUAUUAAUAAGAUAUAUCCUAGUCGCGUGGAUUAUGAAGCUCAUCAAGAAGAAGUUUUAGCUAGACUCAACAACUCGCAUUCUCAAGCAGCAUUAGUCAACUCUAUUACGGAAGGUAUAAAACUGCAAAGUCAAAAUAGACCACAGCGAAAUAGAAAAAAAGAUAUAAGUAGUAGUCCUGCAGAAUUAAUGAGUGCAGCAAAUAGUGCAAAUGCAAGCAUUGCUUCAGGCAGUGCUGCAACUGCUACUGGAUCAAGUUCAAACCAAAAUGAUUCUUUACAAAAUGGCAAAGAUCAGACUAACAAUGGUACUUCCGCUCAACCAGCACCUAGCCCAAGCCCUGCACCUUCUGCGGCAACAUCAAGAAAUUCGACUACACCAUCACCUGUACCAUCAAUAUCUACCAGAUUUUCCAAACGUUUAAAAAGUAGCCACACCUCAGAAAAUGAAACAUCUAGUGCUGAUAUCGAAUCUAUGGAUACAGAAUCAGACACUUCCAACGAGCCUUUAACUGAAAAUGAAAUAGAAUUAAUUUUUAAACCUCAUCCAAAUGAAAUGACUGGAGAAAAUCCUUUGAUCAAGGCACUCAAGGAUGAAACUAUUCGUUAUUUAAAGACAACGGCGAAUGCCUCGGUUGAGCACUUGAGCAAGUAUUUAGUAAUGAGACUAUUUUUGGACAUACCAGAGGAUCUGACUAUAGAAAUUGGAAAUUAUAAUUUCCAUAUUUAUGUUGAAGUUACACCUGGUAGUUACUUACAGUUGACCGGCUUGCAAACUUUGCGCCAAAUUAAUGAAAAAUUUUGGCGAAUGGAUCGACCUUUAGAAUUGUACUAUGCUUGCAAAAAACCAUAGUGAUAUCUUUAUUGAGUAAAUAACGAAGCAACGAAGUCUACACCAAAAACGACCGUCUACUUAUAUGGUAUAGACGAAAUACAAAUUCUCAUGAGAUUCGAUUCAUGAAAAAUUACGAAUCACAUCAGACUUCAUGAGACAACAUUUUUGUGUUUUGUCACAUCGUGUAAUAAAAGUAGUAUAUGCAACAUAAGUUAAACAGGUAAAUCGUUUCAGGAGUCUUAUGAAACUGUAAUCUUUGUGAAGUCGACUCUUGAGUGAUUCAACUGUUUUUAUUAUUUGAUGCAUUCUGUAUUAUUAUUGGUCCUUAGCGUCCUGUAAGCGUAAAAAAUGUGAUUUGCGAACUGUAAAAUUUCUUCAAUUUGAUAAUAAAAUCUAUAUUGCCUAUUUUAAUAAAAAAAAAGGUUGAAAGAUGACAUGAAAUUGUGCAAAGGAAUCGUAGUUUUAAUACUAAUCAAAAGACUGUGAAGUUGGAUGAAAUGUAAGUUUUUAGCUCUCGAGUGAAAUAUAUUAUUACAUGAUUUUAAUGUAUGAAGCAUAGGAAAAUUUUAU